AGAGGAAGAUGGCGGCGCCUAGCACGUCCCGGGUCUUCGCUGAGGUGCUACGGCUGCCCCAGCGGCAGCUGAUGAAACUGGUGUACCCGCUGCGGGAACUCGAGCAGCACCUCGUCCCAGAUUCCAGGCCCGACCUGCAGCAGAGCAUCUUCGACCCGAGCCUGGACGACAUAGGCCGGGCAGAGAGCGUGUUCGUAGCCACCGCACGCAAUCGCAUCGAGUACGUCAGCUCCGCCGUGCGUCUGGAGCAUGCGCCGGACCUCCGCCAGCCCGAGGUGUGUUUCAUAGGCCGAAGCAAUGUUGGAAAAUCUUCCCUAAUAAAGGCUUUAUUUUCACUGGCUCCUGAUGUUGAAGUCAGAAUUUCCAAGAAACCGGGCCACACAAAGAAAAUGAAUUUUUUCAAAGUUGGAAAACAUUUUACACUGGUGGACAUGCCAGGUUAUGGCUAUAGAGCACCCGGAGACUUUGUUGACAUGGUAGAGACCUAUCUAAAAGAACGAAAGAAUUUGAAGAGAACAUUUUUGCUAGUGGAUAGUGUUGUUGGAAUUACAAAGAAUGACAAUAUUGCCAUAGAAAUGUGUGAAGAAUUUACAUUACCUUAUGUGAUGGUAUUAACAAAAACUGAUAAAUCUUCUAAGGGGCAUCUUUUAAAACAAGUGCUGCAGAUCCAGAAAUUUGUUAACACACAAACACAAGGGUGUUUUCCUCAGCUGUUUCCUGUAAGUGCAGUGACUUACUCAGGAAUCCAUCUGUUGAAGUGCUUCAUAGCAAAUGUAACAGGCAAUCUUAAGUAGCAGCUGCCAGUUUAGAUGAACUCUAAUAAUUCCUCAUGUCAACUGGAGUUAAUACCUAGAAGAAUGUCAAUACUGCUUUCAAUAUUGUGCAUCUGCAACGUGCAGGAAAAUCACCUGAGCUUUAAAGCCUGCACUUUCCUAAAGCAAGAAUGAGUUUGUUCCUGGGGAGAAAACACUUAGAACGAAUUAAAUCAUGCCAUUCAUGAGGGGAGAUACUAACUGGUUCUCCUGUUUUCACAAACUGACAAGGAAGAGCAUACAGAGCUGGGCGCAGUCGCUCACACCUUUAACCCCAGCACUAGAGUGGCAGAGGAAGGAGGAUCACUGUGUGUUUGAAGCGAGCCUGAGACUACAUAGUGAAUUCCAGGUCAGUCUGGGCUAGAGUGAAACCCACCUCGAAAACUAAAAACGGAAGAAGAAAAAGCAUAUAGAAACUCACUAAGUGAAAAUCUAUUUCUGCUGUAUAGAGGAAGAUUUGCAAUGUCAUAAAGUUUUACCUUUUAAAAUGUCAUGUUUCAUGUCUUAAAUGUCAUAUGGACUAUGUAAAAGAGGCUGCUUUUCUAUUAAGCAUUGAUAAGUAACUUAAAAGACAAAUGCUUAUAUGUAUUUAACUAAUUGUUGUGAGUCCUUUUUGUGUAUUUAUAAGAACUUUCUUGACAGAAUUAGUCAGACCAUGUUAGAAACUCCAGUCAUUUCAGGGCAGUGUCACGUAAGUAUCUUAGCUUUUGAAAAGAGACUGAAUAUUAAAAGGUAAAAUAAGCCGGGCGUGGUGGCGCACGCCUUUAAUCCCAGCACUGGUGAGGCAGAGGUAGGAGGAUCGCCAUGAGUUCAAGGCCACCCUGAGAGUACAGAGUUAAUUCCAGGUCAGCCUGGACAAGAGUGAGACCCUACCUCGAAAAACCAAAAAAAAGGUAAAAUAUGUAAGAUGUGAUAAAUAGGUAAUAAUAAAAAUGGCACUGUAUAUAAAAAUUAAGACUGGAGGACUUCCGGUUAAGAUGGUGGCGUAGGUACCACGCCAAAACAGCCUAGGGGGGAAAAAGACCAAAAAAACUCAGCAAAAUACACACUUUUACUAAAAAGUGAGGUGUAUAGGAAAUUGAAGCGGCAGCGGAGAAGUAGAAGAGUUCCAGAGCAUCCAGAGCCUGCACAGGCGGGAAAAGCGGCUCUGGCAGCUCGGCCAACCACCACGGCCGCUGCGCACCAGAAAGGCACCAGGCUUGGCUCGAGCCACAGGAAAAGCCAGGUGCCGGAGCUUUCCCUCACACCGGCGCUCUCUGCAACUCAGGAAACGUGAGGGGAGAGCGGCAGCGAGCAACGGAGGAGCAGAC